AUGGCUUCUAUGUUUUCAGAGGAGGAUUUCUCCUGUCCCGUGUGCCGUGAAAUCUUCACUGAUCCUGUUGUUCUGCACUGCAGUCACAGUGUGUGUAAAGAGUGUUUGCAGCAGUUCUGGGAGAUCAACACAUUCAGAGAAUGCCCUCUUUGUAGGAGGCAGUCACCUGUGUAUGAUCCUCCCAUAAACCUGGCCUUAAAAAAUCUGUGUGAGCUUUUCUUACAGGAGAGAAAGCCGAGAUCUUCAGGGUCUGAAGCAGUCUGCCGUUUGCAUAGUGAGAAACUCAAACUCUUCUGUCUGGAUGAUCAACAGCCGGUGUGUGUGGUGUGUCAGACUUCAAAAAAACACACCAACCACAAAUUGUGCCCCAUUGAUGAGGCAGUAACAGACUGUAAGGGGGAGCUCAAAACUGCAAUGAAGCACCUACAGGAGAAACUGAAGAUCUUUACAGACUGUAAACUGAACUGGAGUCAGACAGCAGAACAUAUAAAGCUUCAGGCCCAGCACACAAAGCUUCAGAUCAAAGAGGAGUUUGAGAAGCUUCACCAGUUUCUACGAGAUGAAGAGGCAGUCAGGAUCACUGCACUGUGCAAAGAAGAGGAGCAGAAAAGUCAGAUGAUGAAAAAGAAGCUUGAGAAGCUGAGCAAAGACAUAUCAUAUCUUUCAGACACAAUCAGAGCCAUAGAAGAGGAGAUGAUAGCUGAAGACGUCUCAUUCUUAAAAAACUACAAGGCCACAGUGAAAAGAGCCCAGAGCACACUGCAGCAUCCAGAGGAGCUUUCAGGAGCACUGAUCCAUGUGGCAAAACAUCUGGCCAACCUGAAGUUCAGAGUCUGGGAGAAGAUGCAGUACACUGUCCAAUACACACCUGUAACUUUGGACCCCAACACUGUUCAUCCUAAACUAACUGUAUCUGAUGAUCUGACCAGUGUGUGUCGAAGUGGUGAGAAACAGAAACUUCCUCAUCAUCCAGAUAGAUUUGAUGAAUAUUGGUGUGUCCUGGGAUCCGAGGGCUUUAACUCAGGGACACAGUGCUGGGAUGUUGAAGUUGGAGACUGUACAUGGUGGAGUGUGGGUGUGAUGACAGAAUCUGCUCAGAGGAAAGGGGUGAUAAUCUCCAGAAGUGGGAUCUGGUGUGUGUGGUAUUAUAAUGGUGAAUAUAGAGCAUGUUCUACACCACAUCCAAUCACUCUCCUCUCAGUAGCACAGAAACUCCAGAGGAUCAGAGUGAAGCUGGACUGGGACAAAGGAAAGCUGUCAUUCUCCGACCCUCUCACUAACAAACACUUACACACUUUCAAACACAAAUUUACUGACAAAUUACUGCCAUUCCUAUAUGUUGGUUGCAAAAAAUCUCCUCUAAAGAUCCUCCCACUUCAGUGCUCUGUAAAAGUGAAUCAGAAUUAG